GGUAUCGCCCACCAUGACACAUCGUCUGCUACAACAAGAUGGCGGCUGUCAAAAUGCAUUUGGCGAAGCUAUUUAGCUCUGGACAAUUGUAGUUUUCCAAGUAAUGGAGGAGCUGUUUUGGCUGCCAAAUCAGUGGACACACCCUGCAUGUCCCUGGCAGAGGCCUCUCCUACAGAUCAACAACCCCUUAAUUUUAAGGCUACAGUAAUGGCAUUUUCCAACCUUCACCCAAAAGCUGGUAAAAGUGAGACAGCCAUUCUUUGCAAUGCAGAUAAUAAAUGGAGGAAACAGUGCCAGGCGGCAGUGAAACCAACAGAGACCUCACGUCACCGUUUUGGUGGUCGUUUCAAAGUUCAGCUAGCAGUAGCUACAACCUCAGACAGAUGUUAUCGUCUCAUCCUUGAUAUCAUGGAAUUAUUCAGUCUUGGUAAACUUAAGGAGCAAAGGAAUACAAAAGUCAACACAUGUCUUUUCUUGGAGACUGCUUCAUUUAAAGAUGAGGCAACCCUUUAUAGAAAACAGAAUUUAGAAUGGUGAUAUCUUCAAAGAAGAAUUCAUCCAUCAACUGAAACAGAUUAAACAAGAACACAAGGUAAGGACAGAAUCAGAUCUUUGUCAUUUAAACACUCACUCACUCACUCACUCACUCACUCACUCACUCACUCACUCAAGGAACGUCAACAUGAGAAUAAUUUGUAUAGUUGUUUUGUGAUUAUUAUAAUUAGUAACAACGCGUGUCGGUCCGACGUUGAUUAAUGAACAAUUUGCAUACUCGUAUAUGCAAGAGGCCGACAUAUGGUUCUCAGUAGGAAGUGACAACUUGGAGACGAUGGCUUGCAGUAUAUA